AUGAGAAUAACGGCAUUAAUAUCGGAAUGUAAUUCGGAAGAAGCCCCAGUUUUUCUUUUGCAACGGAAUGUUUCUUCUAUCGCCGGAACUGAGCCUUUAAGAACUGUUCCUGUUACUGGGGGGUUUUUGGAAUGUGCGGAACUAUGUUCAGCAGCAAAUAAUUGUGUUGCUGUUAAAUUUUCUAUUGAAAAACAAUGCCAAUUAUUGGGGAAAACAACAACAACGACAACUUUGUCUUUACAAGACAUUAAUUUGACACAAGCUAGAUUAGCUACUAAAAGUUGUGUUAAGAGCAAAAAAAUUUGUUCUUCCCCUUUCCAUUUUGAUGUUCACGAACAAAAAAUACUUGUUGGCUUUGCUAGAGAAGUUGUAUCAGCAGAAUCUAUACAUCAAUGUUUAACUGCUUGUUUGGAUGCUGUCGAUACUUUUGGCUUUGAAUGCGAGUCAGUAAUGUAUUACCCAUUGGAUGCCGAAUGUAUUUUAAAUACAGAAGACAGACUUGACCGUCCAGAUUUGUUUGUUGAUGAGAAAGAAGAUACUGUUAUUUAUUUGGAUAAUAAUUGUGCUGGAUCCCAAUGUCAUGCCCCUUAUGUAACCCAAUAUGUGGCUGUCGAAGGAAAACAAUUAGCUGAGGAAUUGGAUCAUAAUUUUGAUGGAAUGGAAUUGACAGAAUGUGAACAACUUUGUAAUCAAAGAUUGAGUGUUUCUGCAAAUGACUUCAAUUGCAAAGCAUUUAUGUACAAUAACCAGACAAGAUCUUGUAUUCUUUCUGAUGAACGUUCAAGACCUUUGGGUAGAGCUAAUUUGACAGAUGCUAAAGGAUGGACUUAUCACGAGAAAAAAUGUUUUGCCUCCCCUCGUACUUGCCGAAAUGUUCCUUCAUUUACCCGCGUCCCUCAAAUGUUAUUAGUUGGAUUUGCCUCUUUUGUAAUGGAAAAUGUCCCUUCAGUAACUAUGUGUUUGGAUCAAUGUACAAAUCCUCCCCCGGAAACUGGGCAAAGUUUUGUUUGUAAAUCUGUCAUGUAUUAUUAUAAUGAGCAAGAAUGUAUUUUAAAUGCUGAAUCACGCCAUUCCAAGCCAGAUUUAUUCAUUCCCGAAGAAGACGAUUUUGUUGUAGAUUAUUUUGAUAUAAAUUGUCGUCUAGAACAAGAACAAUGUAUCGAUGGAAGAACGCCCCAAUUAGUUAGAACAAUUAAUUCUGCACUUCCAGAAGGGGAGGGGUCUAUACAUGUUUUGGAAACAAUUAAGGGAGGAGUUCAGCAAUGUGCUAAAAAAUGUUUUGAACACGCCCCAGACAAAUGUCGAUCUUUCAAUUUUGAUAAACAAGCUGGUAAUUGUAAUUUACUUUAUUUGGAUGGACAAGGGUCUUUACGACCAGAGCAAAAGACACAAUUUGAUUUAUACGAUGUUCACUGUUUGAGUGGAACAUCACAACUUUUAGGAGAAAAUUCUAAACAUUCUCCCUCUGCUUGUGUUGACCCAGAAGGGGCUAUUUUUAGUCGUUUCCUUUAUACUCGUUGGGUAGCGAAUUCUCCAAAUCGUGAAAUUUCAAGUUUACCACUUUCCAAAUGUUUAAAUCUUUGUUCAACUGGGGGAGAACAAUGUGAAGGUGUUAAUUACAAUCGCCGAAAUGGUUCUUGUCAAUUAUUUACUUCCCUUUUAUUAAAUUCUUCUCCAAAUUCUCAACAAGACAAAGACGAACAUGUUGAUUUUUACAGAAAUAUUUGUAGAGUUAAGGAAUCGAAAAGUGAUAGCGGGGCUGCUAAUGUACCCAAAACACAACAAGCAACGGCUGCACCUCCCCCUUCUGUUCAAUUAACUACUAAACCUCCACAAAUUCGUGAUUUAAAUAACAACAAUAAAACAUUACACAAAGAACCAAAUAUUAAACUUCCACCAAAAUCUAAAAAUGGUGGAAAAACUGGAAAGGAACAACUUCCUAUAGGGUCAAAAUCUUUUGGGGUUCCUACUGGGAAAGAUCCAGAUGAGAAUUCAAUAACUGGAACUGCUCCUGUAGAUGGCAAAUUAAUUAUUAAACCUUCACCACAAGUUUCUAUUCCCUCUCCUGUACUUAUUCCAGCACAAGAAGUACAUACUAUUUGUAAUUAUGAAGGAAUUAGUGUUCAAAUUAAACAUUCUUCUCCAUUCUCUGGUGUUGUUUUUGUUCGAAAUAAAUAUGAUACUUGCCGUGUUGAGGUUGAAGGGAAGGAUAGCGUUGUUUUAGUUUUGGGGCUUCCCGCAAAUUUUGGAAUGAAGCCAAUUGCUUUAAUUAAUUCACAAAAACAUGGAAAAGGGAAUAAAACACACGGGGAUACUUUACUUUCUAUUGAAGGUUGGAAAAAUUAA